UUAUCAUUUUGUUCUCCCUAUGUAUUUCCCUCUCUGCUUUCUUCCUCCGCAACCUGAUCCAAAUCACCACCACCGCCCUCUUCCACCGUCAAGUCAUGUCAUCGAGGGUCUCCGUUACAGUAUCUCAGGACGGUACCGGCGAUUACUGCACAGUACAAGAUGCAAUAGACGCCGUUCCGUUAAGCAACAAGUGUCGCACUGUGAUUCGCGUAGCUCCUGGUAUUUAUAAGCAGCCAAUUUACGUUCCCAAAACGAAGAAUUUCAUCACGCUUGCUGGGUUCAAUCCUGAAGACACUGUCCUCACUUGGGAUAAUACUGCCACUAAAAUUGAUCAUCAUCAGGCUGCAAGGCUAAUAGGUACCGGGACAUUUGGGUGUGGAAGUACAAUAGUGGAAGGAGAGGAUUUUAUUGCUGAGAACAUCACCUUUGAAAACUCUGCUCCUCAGGGAUCAGGACAAGCAGUGGCAAUCAGAGUUACAGCGGAUCGUUGUGCCUUUUAUAAUUGCAGAUUUCUUGGUUGGCAGGAUACAUUGUAUUUGCACUACGGGAAGCAAUAUUUGAAAGAUUGCUAUAUUGAAGGAAGUGUAGAUUUUAUUUUUGGUAAUAGCACUGCUGUUUUAGAGCAUUGUCACAUACACUGCAAAUCGGCCGGAUUCAUUACUGCACAAAGCAGGAAAUCUUCUCAAGAGACGACUGGCUAUGUGUUUCUGAGAUGUGUGAUCACCGGUAAUGGAGGCUCUUCAUAUGCACAUCUUGGACGCCCAUGGGGGCCUUUCGGGAGGGUGGUUUAUGCCUAUUGUCAUAUGGAUCACUGUAUUAAACAUGACGGUUGGAAUAACUGGGGCAAGACAGAAAAUGAGAGAACUGCUUGCUUCUAUGAGUAUCGGUGUUUUGGACCGGGUAGUUGCCCGUCAAAACGUGUGAAUUGGGCCAGAGAACUAAUGGAUGAUGAAGCAGAACAAUUUCUCAUGCAUGGUUUCAUCGAUCCAGAUCAACAAAGGCCUUGGCUUUCUCAGAGGAUGGCAUUGCGCAUACCAUAUUCCGCGUGAAGCUCAGGUGUCUCGCCUGUACUUUGUUUGAUAUCCUUUCGCUCCAGAUCAACGCCUACAACAUCUGAUAAGUAUUUUUAUAUUCCACGCAAUUAAAUAAAAUUUUAGUAAUGUGGAAGGUCUAGUGAGAGUGAGGUUACAUUUUAGUGGCUAUGUUGCUUUCAUUAUUGUACCAAGUUUCUAAAGCUUCUGGGAGAGCAUCUUCUACUAUGAAUAUCAUCUUUUGAGCUUCACCAUUGGAAAGAACCCCAUACAACAGUUAUGGGUUCGAGAUGGUAAAAAAUUAUCCGCACCAAAUGUUCACACCAAAAAGCGUGUGAUACAUUACCAUAGUUAAGUGAUAAAUUGAGGCAAGAAUAUGUUAAUUAACUAUGGUUUAGUGACAACAGUGUGUGUAAGGACAUGUGUUUAUGUUUUUCAUUAAUUGAUGUAAACACCAAGGUGAGAGUAAGUGUUUCCUGUAGUUUUUAUGUCUCUUGUUAAUAUGUAUGUCGUUUGUUCGAAAUAAAAUGGUGGUGCCUUUUAAGUUUUUAAAGUUAAUGAAAAUUUAGUGUUUCACUA